CUGUUUGAUACAUUCAGUCUUCAUUCAGACGUUGAACGAGCAAGUUUAAAAAAAUUUCGAAAAUUAAAUUAAAACCAACAAUCGAAAUAAAAUCUACUAUUAAUUUUUCAAUUAAUAUUCAAUAAAGAAAAAAUAAACCAGUUAAACUUGUUGACAAAAAUUGUUAUCAUCAUAUUGAAUUUAAUUUUUAUAAAAAUAAUAUAACAAAAAAAAAAAAAUGCCAAGUAGUAAAACAAGAAUAGCAAUAAUUGGUGGUGGUGUUGCUGGGCUAGUUGUUGCAAGACACAUGUCAACAAAACCAGAAGAAUACAGUUUAACAUUAUUUGAACAGAGUGAUAAAAUUGGUGGUACCUGGGUCUACACUGAUGACACUGAUUACGACAAAAAUGGUCUACCAGUUCAUAGCAGCAUGUACAAAAAUUUAAGAACAAAUUUGCCAAAAGAAAUUAUGCAGAUACCAGAUUUUCCAUUUCAAGAUCAAGAUGGACCAUCAUUUGUUCAUCACAGUGUUAUUCGUCAGUAUUUAUUGGAUUAUGCUCAACACUUUAAUUUGUAUCCUCAUAUAAAGAUAAACACAGUGGUUAAAAAUGUAGAGCCAGAAACAUCACCAGGAGGUCAAACAAUUUGGAUGAUAACAUAUCAACAUGUACCAAGUAAAAUUGAAACAACUAAAACAUUUGAUGUUGUAAUAUUGUGCAAUGGUCAUUACACUGUUGGUAAUAUUCCAAAAAUACAUGGAAGUGAUACAUUCAAUGGUGAUUGUAUUCACAGUCAUCAGUAUCGUACACCUGAAAAAUAUACUGGUAAAAAAGUAUGUAUUCUUGGUGCAUCAUGGUCUGGUAUUGACAUUGCUCUUGAAGUUGCAAAAUAUGCUGAAAAAGUCUAUUUGAGUCACAAUCUUCCUGAAAAAUUAGAUGCUAAAACGCUCGGUGUUAUUGAACAAACACCAGGAAUUGAUUUUAUAAAUGGAAAUAAUUUUACAUUUCGUGAUGGUACAACAGCACAUGUUGACAGCUUUAUUUAUUGCACCGGAUACCAAUUUACAUAUCCAUUUUUAUCAAAAAAGAUAAAAUUGCGAACUGAAGAAAAUCAUGUUGAGCCAAUUUACAAGCAGCUUAUUUAUACAGAUAUAAAAAAUUUAUUUUUUAUGGGUUUACCUGGUAUUGUUGUGCCAUUUCCAAUGUUCCAUAUACAAGCUCAAUAUAUACUUAGAAUUCUUGAUGGUCGUGUUAAGCUUCCAUCUCCAGAAGAAAUGAGAUUAGAUUUUAUGAGAGAAAAAAAAAUGCUGAUGGAUCAAGGAAUACCUGAAAGGCAUAUUAUUAAAAUGAAAGAUCGUCAAUGGGCUUAUUAUGAUGAAAUUGCUGCUGCAGCAAAUAUACCAUCAUUUCCACCAGUUAUUAAAAAAAUAUACGAUUAUACAAAUCAUGUACGUGAAUUAAAUUUUGGUACUUAUAAAAAUUUCCAAUAUCGUAUUAUUGAUAAAGAAAAUUUUACUGUCAACUACUGUAAACCCUGUUAGGGUUGAAAAAUUAAGAAAAAAAAAUCGGUAACAAUGAGAAACAAUAAAUAAUGAAAAAUGAUUACUUGUAAAACAUUUUAAUUUUUAUUUAUCUAAAAAUAUUCUGGUAGAAAUAAUUUCUCCAGGAUGAUCCUCUGAUAUUACUACGAGUUGAAUCAACAAUUUAUUGUACAACUGGUUCACCAACAUCAAGACCUUGCUCAUACUCACUCCAACCAUAUAAUUUUUCAAUCUAAAAAAUAAAUAUUAUAUAUAGAAAUUGAAAAGUCUAUUUAUUAAAUUUAUUUAUAAAUAAAAAUUAUUAAACAAACUGUAAUAUUAUCAUGUGAAUUUUGAUGUAUAAAUUUAGCGAAUUAAUUUCUUUACCAGCUUUUUAAAUCACAAAUAAUUAACUGACC